CUCUAUUAAUAGGCUCUGACAAGAAGCAAGAAUGACGUCGAAUAUAAUCCGCGUACCGGCAGAAAUGCUCUUCGAGGAGGAGACCGUGGCCGAACAACAAUCGAUCGAAACGAUGAAGGAACAGCCCAAAUAUGUCAUCCACAUUAUCUGGCGUUAUGUGAUGCUGUUCUUGUAUCUGCAUAUCGCGAGUCUCUACGGGAUAUACCUGGCGUUCACGUCUGCCAAAUUGGUGACCGUCAUUUUCGCAAUCCUUUUGUACCAAAUAAGCUGCUUUGGGAUCACAGCCGGGGCUCACAGACUAUGGUCGCACAGAUCCUACAAGGCCAAGUGGCCGCUUCGCUUGCUCCUCGUGAUUCUGAACACCACAGCAUUUCAGAACUCCGUGAUCGAUUGGGCCAAAGAUCACAGGAUCCACCACAAGUACAGCGAUACCGACGCCGAUCCGCAUAAUUCCAAUAGGGGUUUUUUCUUUUCGCACAUGGGUUGGCUCCUUUGCAGGAAGCACCCAGAGGUCAUGAAGAAAGGCAAGGCGAUCGACAUAAGCGAUCUCAAGAGCGAUCCCAUGUUGGUGUUUCAGAAAAAAUAUUACGCCCUGCUGAUGCCUCUGAUGUGCUUUAUCCUGCCUACUGUGAUUCCGGUCGUGUGCUGGAACGAGACCUGGACGAACGCUUACUUCAUACCCACCAUCCUCCGCUAUAUCUUCACUCUGAACGUGACGUGGCUGGUGAAUUCGGCGGCUCAUUUCUUCGGCAACAAGCCUUACGACAAGUACAUCAAAGCUUCGCAGAACAAAAGCGUCGCUAUAAUGAUCUCGGGCGAAGGCUGGCACAAUUAUCACCAUGUCUUCCCGUGGGACUACAAGACUGCCGAGUACGGCAACUAUUCAUUCAACAUUACAACCGCGUUCAUCGACUUCUUCGCGAAAAUCGGCUGGGCAUACGAUCUGAAGAGCACUUCCGAGGAUAUGGUGAGGAAGCGGGUGGAGAAAACCGGCGACGGCAGCCAUGAUCUGUGGGGUUGGGGUGACAAUGAUCAGACGCAGGAGGAAAGGAACCAGAUGAUAGUGACGUAUAAUAGCGCGAAGGAUUAGUAGAGUAUGCGUCACGCGUGCGAGAGACUCAGAUAUAAUGUAGACACUUUUUAGCUUAAGGUAGAAGGGCCAUAGAUUUCGAUUAUUUUAUUUAUGCAGAUUCCAAGACAUUUUUCUCGCGAAAGAAGUAAAGAGAGAGAGAGAGAGAGAGAGAGAGAGAGAGAGAGAGAGAGAGAGAGAGAGAGAGAGAGAG